AUGGGUGAUAUAUAUUUAACGACGAAGCCGACCAGGAUGGCUGAUACUCUGGACCCCCUCUCCCCCGGGAUCAACAGUACCCGUGUGCCGGUUGGAGUCAUACACAAGCUGCGGAUGCGGUUCACCAGAUCACCACCUCAGAGGCCGCCUGGAGAAGGAUAUGUGGAGUUUGGUGAAUUCAGGACGGAGGCGCCGGGUAUCAAGAAAGUGGGCACUUUCGCCGGUGUGUUCUGUCCUGUCGUGCUGUCGAUGUUCAGUGCCCUGAUAUUCAUUAGAAUGGGGUACCUGAUAGGCAACGCUGGUCUUCUGGUGACCCUGGCACAGUUCGGUCUGGCCUACCUCAUAGUCUUCUUCACAGUGACAUCGAUAUGUGCCAUAUCUACCAACGGCGCCGUCGAAGGCGGCGGGGUUUACUUCAUGAUCAGCAGGACAUUAGGCCCAAGCAGCUAUUCUGACAUACUCCUGACAACCGGCGCCUGGCCACCAGGCUACCUGGUGGGCGGCGGCGGGCUGCCGGACGGCUGGUGGUUCCGCUUCCUGUACCGGUCGGCGCUGAACGGCGCGGGGCUGGCGGUGUCGCUGGCCGGCGCCUCGCUCUUCGCGCGCACCAGCCUCGCCAUCUGGCUCACCAUGCUGGUCUGCCUCGGCAGCGCCUUCCUCAGCUUCUUCCUCACCGGGCCCUCGGAGAUAGAGAGGCCGGACACGAACCGGCUGGUGAACGAGACCGGCUUCAACUACACCGGCCCGAGUUGGGCGACGCUGCGUUCGAACCUGUACCCGCAGUACGGGCGCGACUACACCACCGGCGACGGCGAGCCGGUGGACUUCGCCUCGGUCUUCGGCGUGCUCUUCACCGGGGUGACGGGCGUCAUGGCCGGCGCCAACAUGAGCGGCGAGCUGAAGGAGCCAUCUCGCAGCAUCCCGUCGGGCACUCUGUGGGCGCUGCUCUUCACGGCGCUCUCGUACUGCGCGCUGAGCCUGCUCUCGGCCGCCACCUGCUCCAGGGGCCUGCUGCAGAACAACUACGUCUACCUGCUGCCCAUCAACGUGUGGCCGCCCUUCAUCGCGCUCGGUAUGCUCAUGGCGACGUUCUCUGCUGGUCUUUCCAACCUGAUCGGAGCUUCGAGGGUGCUGGAGGCUUUGGCCAAGGAUAACAUAUACGGCUUCCUCCUAAAGCCGAUGGCUUCAAACAACGGCAACCCGGUGAUGGCGGUGCUGGCUUCCUGGCUCCUGGUCCAGGUCGGCAUCAUGGCCGGAUCUCUGAACGCCAUCGCCCAGGUGAACUCUGUUCUAUUCAUGACGAGUUACUUCGCCAUCAAUCUGGCCUGCCUGGGACUCGACCUUGCGUCCGCGCCGAACUUCAGGCCGCGCUUCAAGUACUUCUCGUGGGUGAGCGCGCUGCUGGGGCUGUGCGGGUGCGCCGCGCUGGUGUUCGCGCUGCGGCCGGCGUACGCUGGCGGCGCGGCGCUGGCCUGCAGCGCUCUGCUGCUGGCGCUGCACCUGCUCUCGCCCGCCGCCGCGGACCCCGCCUGGGGCAGCCUCGGCCAGGCGCUCAUCUUUCACCAGGUGCGAAAGUACCUCCUGCUGCUGGACCCGCGGAGGGAGCACGUCAAGUUCUGGAGGCCGCAGAUGCUGCUGCUGGUGGCGUCGCCGCGCCACUCCGCGCCCCUCAUCGACUUCGUCAACGACCAGAAGAAGGUGCCUGACUCUGCUAGCUGCUUGGAUCCCUGGGGCGGGCUGUUCGUGAUUGGGCACGUGAGGAUCGGCCAGCUGGACGGCAGCGGGGACCCAUUGGCGGCGGAGCAGAAGUACUGGCUCAAGCUCAUCGACCAUCUGAAGGUGAAAGCUUUUGUCGAGCUAUGCUUGGCGGAGUCGGUGCGAAGCGGGGCCGCCCAGCUGACGAGGCUGUCGGGCCUGGGCGCCAUGAAACCAGACACGGUGCUGCUCGGCUUCCGCGAUGACCACCCCCCUAAGGACUUCUUCAGGGAG